AAACAAGGAUACGACUGAAUGGACUCCAUUUUCACAGGCUAUAAUAUUUAUAAUCUAAGUAAAAACUGAAAUGAACAAGUUGUCAUCAGGUUUGGAUAUAUACAAGAUUCCACUGAAGAACAAGACUGAAGUCACCAUGUUUAUAUUGACAGGCUUCACAGAUGAUUUUGAGCUGCAAGUCUUCCUAUUUUUACUAUUUCUUGCAAUCUAUCUCUUUACCUUGAUAGGCAAUUUUGGGCUGGUUGUAUUGGUCAUUGAGGAUUCCUGGCUCCACAACCCCAUGUAUUAUUUUAUUAGUGUUUUAUCAUUCUUGGAUGCCUGUUAUUCUACAGUUGUCACUCCAAAAAUGUUGGUCAAUUUCCUGGCAAAAAAUAAAUCCAUUUCAUUUCUUGGAUGUGCAACACAGAUGCUUCUUUUUGUUACUUUUGGAACCACAGAAUGCUUUCUCUUGGCUGCAAUGGCUUAUGAUCGCUAUGUAGCCAUCUACAACCCUCUCCUGUAUUCAGUGCGCAUGUCACCCAGAGUCUACGUGCCACUCAUCAUUGCUUCCUACAUUGCUGGCAUUUUACAUGCUACUAUCCAUACAGUGGCUACAUUUAGCCUGUCCUUCUGUAGAGCCAAUGAAAUUAGGCAUGUCUUUUGUGAUAUUCCUCCUCUCCUUGCUAUUUCUUGUUCUGACACUGACACAAACCAGCUUUUACUCUUCUACUUUGUGGGCUCUAUUGAGAUAGUUACUAUCCUGAUUGUCUUGAUCUCCUAUGGUUUCAUUCUGUUGGCCAUUCUGAAGAUGCAUUCUGCUGAGGGAAAGCAAAAGGCGUUCUCUACAUGUGGCUCUCACCUAACUGGAGUGACAAUUUAUCAUGGAACAAUUCUCUUCAGUUAUAUGAGACCAAGUUCCAGCUAUGCUUCAGACCAUGACAUCACAGUGUCAAUAUUUUACACAAUUGUGAUUCCCAUGCUAAAUCCCAUCAUCUAUAGUUUGAGGAACAAAGAUGUAAAAAAGGCGAUGAACAAAAUGUUGAAAUUGGUUUACACAUGAAGAAUAUUUUUAAAAUUGAGUAAACCUGAAAAAAAUGUUGAGUGUCAGAGUUCA